AUGAUAAUAAUAAAUUUCUUAGCCGAAAUUUUGGUCAAAAAUCUUUUAGGAGAUUUGAUUGGUUUUGGACAGAGUGGUUCAGUUUACGAGCUUUGGUUAGCUACUGCAUCAAAAAAUGCUACAUCAUCGUCUGAAGUCUCCGAAUUUCACAGUUCUAAAGAAUCAUCGCUUGCCCUAAAGGCCAUCCAUAACUUUGAUUUCAAUCAACCAGUCGAGCAUUCAUUAGAUGAAAAUCGUUGUGAACUUUUGCCUUUAAUUGAUUCAAACUUUCUUGGGACUGGUGUAAUGAUGAGAUGUCGGCUAAAAAUUUCACAUCCAAAUAUUGUAAAGAUGCAUGCAGCAUUUUUUGAUGAUUGGAAACCCUUUCAACGAAUGGAAGAAGAAUUUCCCGCUUUAUUGCCUACAAAAGAUAAUUAUAUGUGCAUACCGAUAAAUCCAAAAACAUUAUAUAUUGUGAUGCGUAGGUACAAUAUGUCAUUAAAGGAUUAUCUCAGUAGUAUCAGUAUAGAUUAUAGAAUUGGUCGUUUGUUAUUUUCGCAAAUCUUAGAAGCAAUAUCAUUUUUAUACGAUUGCAAAAUCAGUCAUCGAGAUUUGAAGUUCGAUAACAUUUUACUGGAAUUCGAUUCAGAUGAUCAAUGUCCACACUUAGUAAUAAGCGAUUUUGGUCAUGCAUUAUCAACCGACACAUGGCAACUACAUUAUGUUAACGAUGGUAUUAGCCUUGGCGGUAACAUUGCUCAUCUUCCUCCUGAGGUGACUAAAGCUUGCCCUUCACCAAAUACGUGGAUUGAUUAUAGUAAAGCAGAUAUUUGGGCAGCUGGUCUCAUUGGAUAUGAAAUUUUCGACAAGCAAAAACUCAUUUUCAGUGUUCGUAUGCUUGAUUCUUUUGUAAUGUUAAGUGACACUAAUCAACAUUUCAUGCCUCUAUUCUUAAAUAGUCCAGUUGGUCGAAUUAUGCAGGCAAUGUUGUACAAGGAUCCCUCCAAGAUCGGUGAACAUCUUCAAAAUCAGAUUGAUUGGUUGAUUUCCAUUUAUGCAGCUGAAGCAAUAAUAUCGAAAUGCAUCGACCCAGUUGAAGCUGAGCUGAGAAAUACAUUUUUGAAACGUUAUUGUGUAAAUGACAUUUGGAUGGCGAUUGACUUUUUCUUUGAACGUGAUUAG